AUGGCGGGACAACAAUUGGAUGUAUUAUUCCGUGAGUUCGGUAAUCCAGAGGAUUAUGAGCUCACCGGUGGGAUAUUGUUAUCCGUCACUGAGACUAACUUCACCAUCCAUUCUCAAUAUACAAGAAUGGUUCAAGCGGAGCAAUUCUCGGGUUCGCCAAGUGAAGACCCCAUUGAGCACCUUGAUAGGUUCCUCGAACUCUGUGCCAUGAUACAAACCAACCAAGUUUCUCAAGAAUACAUCCGGAUGCACCUAUUUCGACAAUCUCUUGCGGGGAGAGCAAAGAAGUGGCUCAAGCAAGUCAAGCCUAAUUCUCUCACGACAUGGAGGGAAAUUGUGCAAGCAUUCUUGAAGAGAUUCAUCUCCGAGGAGAAAACCUCCGAGAUGAGGAGGAAGAUAGCAUCUUUUGAACAAGAGGCGGAGGAGAGUCUUAGUGAAGCUUGGGAGAGGUUUAAGGAGUUGGUGCAAGCAUGUCCUCACCAUGAGUACAAUCAAAGCUUACUCAUGAGGUUCUUCUAUGAUGCACAAUUGGCCGAGAGAGUUUCUUUUAACUCAUCUUCCACUUUGCCCGGACAAUCACAAACCAACCCUUCCAAUAUUGUAAAACCCGACUCUUGCAAGGCAAUCACAUUGAGAUCGGGUACAUCUUAUGAGAGUCCCAAGGAAGAAGAUGGUAAGGAAAAGGAGGGAGAAGAAGAGAUGAGUGAUGAUAAGAAAGUUGAAGAAGAGAAGGUUGAUGAGAAAGAGAAGAGUAUGGAGAAAAAGAAGACUAAGGAUGUGGUGACAUCCUCAACUUCUAGUGAGGCUAGAAACCUUGAUGGACCGGUUCCUUUUCCCGGUUGGCUUGCGGAGAGAAAAUUGAACGAUAAAUUUGCAAGGUUUCUAAGUGUGAUGAAAAACUUACACAUUAACCUCCCUUUCAUUGAAGUUGUCACACAAAUGCCUUCAUACUCCAAGUUCUUGAAAGACAUUCUCACCAAAAAAAGGAAGCUCAAUGAUGAGCUUAUCACUCUUCCCCAUCAAGUGAGUGCACUUGUUCAACACAAAAUGCCCAAGAAGCAAAAGGACCCGGGAAGCUUUACCUUGCCGGUAAAAAUUGGGAACAUGGAAGCUAGGGGUGCCCUAGCCGACCUCGGAGCAAGUGUUAGUUUAAUCCCUCUAUCCAUUGCUCAAAAGCUUAACAUUGAGAUGAUCCCCACUAGGAAAACCAUUCAACUGGCCGAUUGA